UAGGAUCUCCAUAACCAGUGUUGUUCCUGUUCGCUCUUUGAAAGACAGAGGCACAGCACUACUCUAAAAAGCAACAACAACAAAAAAAAACCCUGCUUCUGCCUUUUGGAACUGUGCCAUUGUUUGGUGUGAACAUGAAUCCUGAGUAUGACUAUCUAUUCAAGCUGCUGCUGAUCGGAGACUCCGGUGUGGGGAAGUCAUGUCUGCUGUUGCGUUUUGCUGAUGACACCUAUACUGAGAGCUACAUCAGCACGAUAGGGGUUGACUUCAAAAUCAGGACAAUUGAAAUGGACAGCAAGAUAGUUAAACUCCAAAUUUGGGAUACAGCUGGUCAGGAGCGAUUUCGCACUAUUACCUCCAGCUAUUACAGAGGUGCCCAUGGUAUUAUCAUUGUAUAUGAUGUUACUGAUCAGGAGUCUUUCAACAACAUUAAGCAAUGGUUGGAAGAGAUUGAUCGCUAUGCAUGUGAAAAUGUCUCAAAGUUGCUGGUGGGGAACAAAAGCGAUUUAACUUCAAAAAAAGUGGUGGACUUUACUACAGCAAAGGAAUUUGCUGAGACUCUUAAAAUCCCAUUCCUGGAGACAAGUGCAAAGAAUGCAAGCAAUGUGGAAAAGGCAUUUUUAACGAUGGCCUCUGAAAUCCAGAAACGAGUCGUGGAAGACAAUGUUCAGAGCGAGACGGUCAAAGUGGGAAAAAUCAAUAGUGCUCCUCUGUGGCAUGGAGCUCAGAAAGCAACGGCUGAGGAGGUCAACACCUGCUGUUAGUGCUAACAGACUUAACACUGAGUAUGUUUUGGGUAUUUGGAUAUCUAAAAAGAAUAUUUUGUGGACUAAUUGUAUUUCACACUUUAUAUUAAUGUUUUAAGUCUGUUUAUGAAUGAAUAUGCUAUAAACCCCUGUUCUGUGUUGUGUAUUGUUUUAAAGGACCUUACUGUCAGAUUAAGCGAGUAUUGGUAACAUCGGCAGAUGGCAAUGAUGGACACAAUUAUUUAACAAACACAUUAUUUUAAUGAGUGAAAUAUUAGUUUAUAGCUUAUAAAUGAUAGCUAAAACAAUAGUUAUGUGCAGUAGUCGGUAAUAUUAAACAGAAAGCCAGUUAGAUGAUUCUAAAUGAUGAUCUAGAUUAUAGAGAUAUAUUUAGCCCCUCAUGCUGUAUCGCUGAAAAUUCUUUGAUUCUAAGAUUUUUGUUCCUUACUCUCAUGUAGGCCUAUAUGUAUUUUUCUAUAAAUUUCACUGUAGUCAUUGAUUAGUAUGUGUUAUUUAUGACACUUAAAAGAAUUAAAUUAGAUGGGACUUUGUGUUUUUGUCUAUGGUUUUUAUAAUGCAUACAAAUAUUUGGCCUGUUGUGCAUUUGUCAGGGUAAAAUAACAUUCACCAGAAUGUGAACCAAACAGAGGAAUUACACAACUUUGAACGAACAAGGUGAGCCUCUGAUCAUUGACAAUUCGAUUAAAAGGAUUAUAAAUGAAAAUGUCAGGCCUUAAAUUUUGAUUAAUAAAAUAAAACAUGCCUUGGAACAAUGUACUUUUUUAAUAUUCUAAAGAUUGCUAAAGUUACAGUAUGUGGAGAUGCAUUAGUAGAUAUUUUGUGAUUUGUCCUGUACUGGAAAAUCUAAACAUUAUAAUAAAUUAAAUUUUUUUAAAAAAAAUGAAAUAUUGUUUUGGACAUUAAUUUUUUACUCUCACAUUUGAGCCUUACAGUGAUCAAGCAUAACAUUAUGACCACUGAGAGGUCAAGUGAAUAUGACUGAUUAUCUCCUCAUCAUGGCACCUGUUAGUGGGUGGCAUAUAUUAGACAGCAAGAGAAUGUUUUGUCCUCAAAGUUGAUGUGUUAGAAGCAGGAAAAAUGGGCAAGCGUAAGGAUUUGAGCGAGUUUGACAAGGGACAAAUUGUGAUGGCUAGAUGACUGGAUCAGAGCAUCUCCAAAACUGCAGCUCUUGUGGGGUGUUCCCGGUCUGCAGUGGUCAGUGUCUAUUAAAAGUGGUCCAAGGAAGGAACAGUGGUGAACCGGUGACAGGGUCAUGGACAGCCAAGGCUCACUGGUGCACGAGGGGAGCGAAGGCUGGCCUGUGUGAUCUGAUCCAACAGACAAGCUACUGUGGCUGAAAUUGCUGAAGAAGUUAAUGCUGGUUCUGAUAGAAAGGUGUCAGGAUACACAGUGCAUGAUGGGUCAGGGCUGUUUUGGCAGCAAAAGGGGGACCAACACAAUAUUAGGCAGGU